CCUACGAGCUUUGUGAGUUGAGUGUUUCUUUGUUCGUGUUGGCGUUCAAAACCCUAGUGUCAGCACCACAUAAAUUUAUCUCUAAAAUCAUUCCCGAGAAUCUCAAAAACUCCUCUUUAAUCUUUUAAAGACUGAAGUCUAAUCGGCUGAAUUAGGGUUUCUCUUCAAUUUGUGGAUUUCCCCUUCUUCUGUGUUCAUCUGGAAAAUAUUUCAUCACCAUGGAUGCCCAGAGAGCUCUUCUGGAUGAACUCAUGGGUUCAGCGCGUAAUUUAACGGAGGAAGAACGAAGAGGAUACAAGGAGGUUAUGUGGGAUGAUAAGGAGGUCUGCGGGUUCUAUAUGGUUCGGUUUUGCCCACACGAUCUUUUUGUGAAUACUCGGAGCGACCUAGGUCCUUGUACUAGGAUACAUGACCCGAAAUUGAAAGAAAGCUUUGAGAAGUCACCCAGGCAUGAUGCUUAUGUUCCCAAAUUUGAGGCUGAACUCGCUCAGUUUUGUGAGAAAUUGGUAAUGGACUUGGAUCGACGUGUUAGGCGUGGACGAGAGCGUCUUGCUCAAGAGGUUGAACCUGCACCACCAACUCCAUUGUCAGCCGAGAAGACAGAGCAAUUAUCUGUACUGGAGGAAAAAAUAAAGAAUUUAUUGGAACAGGUGGAGGCCCUUGGUGAGGCAGGUAAAGUUGAUGAAGCUGAAGCACUGAUGAGAAAGGUGGAUUUACUUAAUACUGAGAAAACAGCCUUGACUCAACAAACCCAAAAUGAUAAGGUAUUGAUGCUCGCUCAAGAGAAAAAAAUGGCCCUUUGUGAGAUAUGUGGUUCUUUUCUUGUAGCAAAUGAUGCUGCAGAGAGAGUCCAGUCUCAUGUCACGGGUAAGCAGCAUGUUGGUUAUGGAAUGGUCAGAGAUUUCAUCUCUGAGCACAAGGAAGCAAAGGAGAAAGCAAGGGAAGAAGAAAGAUUAGCUAGGGAGAAAGAGGCAGAAGAACGGAGGAAGCAGAGAGAGGAGUUUGAGAGAAGAAAGAGAAGUGACUCUAGCGAGGACAAAUAUCGUGACAGAGAGCGAGACAGGGAUCGGAAUAGGUAUCGGGAACGAGACCGCGAUCGUGAAAGGUCUAGGAGAGGUGGCCGUGAUGAAAUAAGAGGAAUGGAUUGGAGGUCAAGAAAUGGAAGAGAUGGAGGCAGGGAUAGGUAUCGUGAUCGGAGCAGGUCAAAAUCCCCCAUAAGACGUGGUCACAGGAGAUCAUCUAGGAGUCCACUGCGGCCAUAAUUAUGAACUAUGUUAACAGGUCUGAGCUUUGGGACUAAAUGAGCUGUGUUGACUGUAUCAUCUCCCUUUCAUCAUUAUUAUUAGAGGAGAACAGGGUUGAGGUAGGUAUUUUUUUUUUUUUUUUUGCGACUCUUCUUCAAGUAUAGUUUGACUUUUGAUUUGCACAUUUCUUUUAUAAUAGAUUCUUAUAAAAGACAGUUCAUUGUCUCUCCUACUUUUUUCAUAUUGGGUGAGCUUGCACAACUUUGGUGUUUGUCACAACUUUGGUGUUUAAUAGGCCAGGACAAAAUAUAUGCAUAUUCUACUGCUGAGAGGGCUGACGUUUAUUUUCUCAUUUUUGAGGUAACCUUAUACAUCUUGUCUCUUUCUUUAGACCAUGUGAUCACAUUUCAUGAUAUCAACCCUGCAUCUGAGGUGUGCUUCGGUCUCAAAUGAUGUAUAUGUUAUUAGUGAGUGCUUAUUUAUUUGCCCAUGUUUGUUAAUGUAUUUCUAUUAUCUGGUGUUGAGUAUCGAAUCUAGGGAAAUGUGGGUAGUAUUAGCAUUGUGGUGGAACAUGCCUUUGUUCUUUUUUUAGUAGAAAGGAAGUUUGUAUAACAUAAAUGGAGCUCGAUAAUACCUACUAAAAGGAGGUGUAACUUUUAUUGAGUACAGUGCUUUCCUCAUCAAAAUUCUGGUUUCCUGAAAGAAGUGGGAAGAAGUAUGAGAUAGCAUCGUGAAAUGCGCAACUCUUUGUGUGAUGUCUGAAGGUACAAUUUGGCUGCUAAUCUGUAAAAUAGCAUGAUCUUUAAUCCAUACAGUUUGCAGGAAGUGUAUUGGCCAAAUUUUUUGCUAGACUACCAGUGGAACAAACGUACUUGGUAAGGAACAAUUCGUGCAGGGAAUUUAUUUUGCUGAACCAUUUGAAUCCACCAAUAUGGUAAAUUUGCUGAACUAUUUGAACAAACAAAUAUGGUAAUUUGCGGAAUCAUUUGAUUCGUAUCGAUAUGGGGUACAUUUUCAAAAUCAAUGCGAUGCUCAAUUCUUUCAGAACUUCUGGAUAGAUAUAGGUUCUAUAUUUGGUACUUGCUGAUGUUUUUGAAGUUAAUCCACUUAAUUAGUGGGAACCUGGGAAGCUGUUUAGAACAUAUUGCGGUCAAGUUAACAGAGAGAUGUCACUUCCUUUCUUCUCAAGCUUUGUCUCUAGUUGUCCAUCCGUCUACCGUCAUCGUCUAAGGAAGCCAGAUGGUUCAUUUCUUUGUUCUUAAAUAUAGAAAAUUCAGAUUGUGAGAUACUUUUAAACGAAACAAUCUAUCAAGCUGGAUUGCCAAAGCUUGAACGUUGAUGAGAUUCAUAUUUGGAAAGCUAUAAUUUGCAAGAUGUCUUUAAAUUA